UGUCACCUGCGCCAUGGCCGGACAUCUGCUCAUCCUCUUCAUCAGUGUCCAUUUUGUCGUCAAAGGACAAGUUCUUUUAGCUCCUACACUGACAGUGGAGCCAAAGCUUAUCAUCGACUCAGACCUGGUUCACUUAAAGUGUCAGACUAUAUUUAAAGACUCUCAGUGCUACUUCACUUUUGAUUAUUCAGAAUACAAAACAUUCCCCUGUCAGCACACACUGAGUGGACAGAAGCUGCGGUCUUUAGUGAACAAGCGCUCUCCAGCCGACGUGACAGUAACAUGUCUGUACGUUACAAAAUCAGGCUCAUCUCGACAAAGUAACAAGAUCAUGGUCCACAUGAGAGACCUGGCUCGUCCCUCUUUGUCUGUAGAACCAUCAGUGAUCACAGAGAUAGACUCAGUUACUCUGCACUGUCAGCCUCCAGACUUUACCUCUCAGUCUCUGUGCUACUUUAUUUUAAAUGGAGUCGUCCAGAGCAGCUCCACCUGUGUCCAGACUGUGAGAGGAUCAGAUCUGCUGAAGGACCAGAGUCCUCCUGCUCAAGUAAAAGUCCAGUGUUUUUACACAAUCAAUGGGAAAUGGACCAAUUCUCCCCACAGCAAUGGACAAACUGUCACCAUUCAGAACCUGGCUCGUCCCUCUUUGUCUGUAGAACCAUCAGUGAUCACAGAGACAGACUCAGUUACUCUGCACUGUCAGCCUCCAGACUUUACCUCUGAUUCUCUGUGCUACUUUAUUUUAAAUGGAGUCGUCCAGAGCAGCUCCACCUGUGUCCAGACUGUGAGAGGAUCAGAUCUGCUGAAGGACCAGAGUCCUCCUGCUCAAGUUAAAGUCCAGUGUUUUUACACAAUCAAUGGGAAAUGGACCAAUUCUUCUGAAAGCAGUGAACAAACUGUCACCAUUCAGAGGGGUUGA